AUGACUCGAAUAAAGUCGACUUUGAACUUGUGUUGUGGAUUUCAAGGUGAAGUCAAAUUUCAAUUAACUUAUUCAUCUGGUGGUGCCAUUGAUGCGAGUACAGCAUUACGUGACGUUCAUUCGAUCUUUCAUCAACAAACUGAAGAAGUUCCACCAUCUUAUGGUAUAGCUGCAGCUAAUCUCUAUGAACCACCACCACCACCAUCAUAUGAAUCAGCACAAUCUAUGAAUAAUCAUUUUGCAGAAACAACAAUGUAUGUUUCGCAAUCUCAAGCACCAUAUGAAGGAGUUUAUCAAAGACAAUCAACAGGCUUACCAAAAGCAGAAUUCACUCCACAAUAUCCUUCAAUGUCAAAUGGAUAUCAAACACAUUCCGAUUAUCAAAAUAAUGGUUUUGGUGGGCAAAUUAAUGAAAAACAAAAUUAUCAAAUGCCACCAUCCUAUGAACAAGCGCAAUAUGAAUUCCAAGAAAAGAAACAUACUUAA